CAGUUCCAACAUCCAACCUCAAACACUUGAGCUAGCUACAACGUGACCGUGGAAAGACACCCGCCAAGCCAAGAAGAUGGUGAACCUGAUCGAGGCGCAGAAGCCGCUGCUGACGGGGAUGAUGAAGCUGGCCGGGCUGCGCCCCAUCGACGUCGAGCUGGAGCCGGGCACCACGAUGCACUUCUGGGCUCCCAAGCACCACGCCGGCAAGAAAGGCACCACCAUCACCCCCCUCGACCCCAGCGCCGCCGACGCCGCCACCGCCACCAAGAAGAAGCCAUCCAGCAGCAGCAGCCGGCGUCGUCGUCGCCGGAACAAUCCCGAGUCCAAGCCCAACGUGGUCCUAAUCCACGGCUUCGCCGCCGAGGGAAACGUCACCUUCCAGUUCAACUUCGGCGUGCUGGUGUCGCGCUACAACGUGUACAUCCCGGACCUGCUCUUCUUCGGCAAGUCGUCCACCACGGACAGCGCCGACCGUUCCCCGGAGUUCCAGGCGCGGUGCGUGGCGGCGGCGCUGGACAGGCUCGGCGUGGCGCGGUGCGACGUCGUCGGGUUCAGCUACGGGGGCAUGGUAGCGUUCAAGAUGGCCGAGACGCGGCCGGACCUGGUGCGGUCGCUGGCCGUGUCCGGGUGCGUGGUGUCCAUGACGGACGCCGUGAACAAGGAGACCAUGGCGCGGCUCGGGUCCGGGUCGUCCGCCGAGCUGCUCAUGCCGGAGACGCUCCAGGGACUCAAGGCGCUCUUCAAAGUCUCCAUGUACAGGAAGAUGUGGUUCCCGGACAGGCUCUACAAGGACUACCUCAAGGCGAUGUUCACCAAUAGGAAGGAGAGGCAGGAGCUGCUACAGGGGUUGCUAGACAGCAACAUGGAUGCCAAGAUCCCUAUAUUCAAACAGAAGAUAAUGCUGAUCUGGGGUGAGGAGGACAAGCUUUUCGACAUAGAGCUCGCCAAGAACAUGAAAGAACAGCUGGGCGAGAACUGCCAACUCCAUGGCAUCCCGAAGGCCGGCCACCUGCUGCACCUCGAGCGGCCGUGCGCCUACAACCGCCAGCUCGGGAGGUUCCUCGCCCAGGUCAACUCCCAGGAAGAACAGAAAGAAGCCAAUUGAUUGCCUCCACAAGUCAACCGUGCUGCAUGGGAGACUGUUGCUAGGUCUCAGGACUACUACGUGUCAGUCGAGCGUACAAUAUCAAUUCAUGAGUUGACGCUACGUUUGGUACGACGUGAUCGCGUUUAUGUCUUCCUGUUCAUGGCGACUGUUUGCUUUGACGCUCCCAACGUUUCUUAGGCACACUUGAUGCCAUUACGUUUUUGUCGUGUCACUUAAAAUCUAGGGUGUUGUUUGUUGCCUUGUUGGUGGGCUGGCCUAGGACACGCGUCAUGCUUCUUGUUCUUUGCAAUCCUGCCAUAUAAAAUAUGUUAAUAUCCGCAUAUUUAUUUUAUGAAAUGUAAUGUACAUGAUGAAUCAAUAAAACCGAAUUGGUGUUGUAUA